AUGUUGAUUUCGUACGCUUUUUUAGCAAUAGCAAUCACCGAUGCUUAUGACAAACUACUCGUUGAUGCGCAUGCGACGUCAGUAGAAGAUACAACAGAUACUGUUCGAACUUUGAAUCCGUUUACUCCGCUACCAGCAUUAAGGAAACGCGUCUGGUUAUCAGAUAUGUUUCCCUUCCAUUUACUUUAUCCCACAGCGGAGGAUAAUUUUAAACAGAUCCUGCGUCGCAAACCACCAAAACCUACCAUAACAACACGGCGUACUAAAACAACACGGCGUACCAAAACAACACGGCGUACCAAAACAACACGCGUACCAAAACACACGCACCAACAACACGGCGUACCAAACCGAAAUCAACAAGUAAGCCGCAUGUAG